AGAGGCGCCUCUGGAGGCCCAGCUGCCGCCUGCUGUUGCUAAGGGGGGUAGGAGCUGGGGUUGCCGGGACACCCCUAAUCAGCAUCACAAUAAUAACAACAAUAAUAAUAAUAAUAAUCCCAAUCAUAAUGGAGUUGAACUCUCUGUUAAUCCUCCUGGAGGCCGCUGAAUAUUUGGAGAGAAGAGACCGAGAAGCGGAGCACGGCUAUGCCUCCGUCCUGCCCUUCGACACUGACUUUUCCAGAAAGAAAACCAAAGCAGCUGCCCUGGCUAGGAAACCCCAGAAUAACAGGUCUUCACACAACGAGCUCGAAAAACAUAGGAGGGCUAAACUCCGGCUAUAUUUGGAGCAGCUAAAACAACUCGUGCCCCUGGGGCCGGACAGCACUAGGCAUACCACUCUCAGUCUCUUGAAAAGAGCCAAGAUGCAUAUCAAGAAAUUGGAAGAGCAGGACAGGAAAGCUCUGAACAUUAAGGAACAGCUCCAGCGGGAACAUCGCUACCUCAAACGCCGAUUGGAGCAGCUGUCGGUGCAGGGGCUGGAACGGACCCGCACCGACAGCAUGGGCUCCACGAUAUCCACUGACUCCGAGCAAGAAGUGGACAUCGAAGGGACGGAAUUCCCGCCCGGCGAGAUGGACAGCUUGGGGAGCGACGCCGAGGACCCGUACGGGUUGCAGAGCGGCUCCAGCGACGGCGGCUAUUCCCACUCGCGCAGACUGAACGCCCGGCUCUCGUAGGGCCCGGGGAGCCCCCCCUCCCCGGCCCU